AUGAGCGUGGAUGUGUCUGGUGAACAAGACGCCGGCUCAUCGUCCAUUGUCGAUCGAUACCUUCCACCUGUCGUCCUUCCUCAGCGGCAGCUCGUCAAUCUGACUCUUGGUAAUUUGGCGUGUCCAUCUACGGGGCAAUGCCAGCGACCGAUCAACAUUCCUGUAGAUGUUAACGGUGUCAACUAUCCCGUCAAAAACUUUAUAAAAGUUGCCAACAAAGCUACCGUUGAACAACAAAAGUCUCGGAGUAAUCAGGAAACGAAUUACACGGAGCCAGGUGAUUACUGGGUCGCCUAUAUCAUCGAGAUUCGUGCUUCUGAUAAGCACCACGUUUACAUACUUGUCUACUGGAUGUAUUGGCCUGAUGAACUACCUCUUGGAGCUCGCAUUGGCAGAAAAGUUGUCCAAGGUCGUCAGCCAUACCACGGUGCCAAUGAGCUGAUUGCCAGCAACUGCAUGGAGGUUAUCAAUGCUGCCAGUGUUACGGGGCCUGUCAUUGUCAAACAGUUGAUUGAGUCAAACAAUGAGGAGGUUCAGCGGGCGUUGUAUUGGCGUCAGGCCUAUAAUUGGUGUACCUCGAAGCUUUGGCCAGUCAGACGCUGGUGCAAAUGUCAAUCUCACGCGAAUCCGGACGAGAUCUUCAUUGGAUGCACGAAUACAGGAUGCAUGGAGUGGAUGCAUCUCAAAUGUAUGGUCCAUGACAUACUCAUGAAAGUCUAUGAGCAACGGGUAAUUGUUGGGCAAAGACCGGAAGGGGUAACGCACCCUCUAUCGACUAUUGAUACAAAGGCGAGAGAGGUCCAACAUCUGAUCGACAUUCGUCCGAAAGAAACUCAAGCCGACGAUCACACUCAGCUGGACGUUCGCGAGAGGGUUUCAAAGACUGAAACAUCAACGCCCAUGUUAACGUCUUUCAAAUAUAAGACCCUAAAGAUAGUCUAUGAACCGAAGAAGGAGGGCCGCAAGAAGAAGGCAGCAGGUCUCAAGCCAUACGAAGGACUUUUCGAAGCCGACCUCAAGAGCCAAUGCAGCCCCCCAGUGUGGGAGAUCCGUGAUCUACGUACAAACGGAGGGGCUAACGACGGGAAAUCGACUGAGGCAGUCCAUUGCCUACAAUGCGGUGUUCUUGUCAUGUGA